UAAAAAGUAAAACUGCGGCAUCAUUCUGAAAGACUGAAACUCUAAAAGAAUCCUGGUUGGUCAUCACUUAAAAACCAAACGCAGUGUGUUGAAUCAUUGUAUGUUGUAAAACUGUAAAUCAACGGCUUUCAUUUACAUGCAUCAUUCACUCAUUCUCCUUCUCAUUCUCCUUCCUACAUUCUCUCUUCAACCUCCAUCUUCGAUUAACAAUUACACUCUUUCCUUCCAUUACUCCAUCUCCCUUCUCUCUCUCACACAUAUUUUCUGUUUCUUCCUUUUACACCUCAUCGCUACCUCUACGUUUUAGCUAACAAACCCCAAUAUACCCUCUUUCUCUCCCUUCAUUCUUCAUUCUCUCUCCUCUCUCUCUUCCUAUGAGGUUUACCUUACCCUACAAAUAUUUCUGUAUUAUAACAUCUCCCUUCUCUAUUUUAGCAUCCAUUAAACCCCCUUCAACAACACCAUGUCAAAUAAUCUUCAUCACUGGAAACCGAAUGUACUGCCGCCAACGAUGUCCCCAAGAUAAAGUAGUCGCCAUUUGUGGUGCUACUGGUGCUGGGAAAUCUCGACUUUCUAUCGAUAUAGCGACCCGUAUUCCUUCCGAAAUCGUUAACUCCGAUAAGAUUCAGGUAAACAAAGGUUUAAACAUUACAACCAAUAAAAUCUCCAUCGAAGAGCGGCGCGGUGUUCCUCACCAUUUACUCGGUGAGAUUGACUCGGCGCUUUACGGUGAGUUGACUCCGUUUCAGUAUCGUCUUCUUGCUUCUAAAGUUAUUUCCAAUAUUAUUUCCCGCGGAAAACUUCCAUUAAUAGUAGGUGGUUCAAACUCGUUAAUUUACGCUCUUUUAUCAAACCGGUUCAACCCGGAUUCGGAUAUAUUUUCCGGGAAAGACUCGGUUUGUUCAGAGUUAAAAUACAGAUGUUGUUUCAUAUGGAUCGAUGUUUCUCUUCCUGUGUUAAACCAGUAUUUAGUGAAGCGAGUUGAUGAUAUGCUUGACUCGGGAAUGUUGGACGAGUUGGCCGAGUUUUAUAAAUCAGAAAUCAAUACAAUGAAGGUAAACUGUGGAUUAACCAGGGCGAUUGGGGUACCUGAAUUUGAGCGGUACUUUAGGUACGGUUGUAAGGAAGGGAAUGAUUCAGUGCGGGAAGGACUAUAUGAUGAAGCGGUGAGGAAUAUCAAGGACAAUACGUGUCAAUUAGCUAAAACACAGAUUGAAAAAAUCCAACGGCUUCAAAAUGGAGGGUGGUGUCUUAAUAGAAUAGACGGUACAGAUUCAUUUAGAGCAGUUUUGGAAGGAUCAAAGAGUUGGUCUGAUAUUUGGCAAAAACAGGUAAUUGAACCAAGCAUGAAGAUUGUGAACAGUUUCUUGAAUGAGUAGGUUUCCAGCUUUUUCCAGCUCUUCUUUCUCUGUGUUUUUUCUUUUAUUUAUUUUUUUUAUAUAAAUUACAUUUUUUCUAUAUAUUUACUUCAAAAAAUGAGUAAAUAUCGAUGGGACUUUGAAUGAUCAAUUUUGGUUGAUAGAAUUUAUUUAUAGAGUUCUAAAAUUUUGUCAUGAGAAAAUUAAGUUGAGAAUUUUCCAAAA